GUGUGUGAGAGAGAGAGAGAGAGAGAGAGAGAGAGCGCAGUAGGGAUAAUGGUGGCAAUUAGGAAUAUUGUUUUUAUUUCAUACAAGUUAUAUACCUUUUGAUUAAAAAACAACAACCUCAAAGUAGUUUACAAAAAACAUCAACAUGCAAAACCUAUUUAAAACAUUAAAAAAUUUAAAACUAAAACAGAUUAAAACACAUCAGUGUUCUAGAUACCCAAAUACAUUUGUCUAAACACAAUUGAUUUUAGCAGGCAGCAAGAAGAGUACAGUCGUACCUUGGAAGUUGAACGUAAUCCGUUCUGGAAGUCUGCUCGACUUCCAAAGCAUUUGAAAAUCAAAGUGCGGCUUCUGAUUGGCUGCAAGAAGCUCCUGCAGCCAAUCAGAAGCCCUGUCAGACAUUCGGCUUCCAAAAGAACAUUUGAAAACUGGAACAGUCACUUCUGGGUUUUGAUCGUUCGGGAGCCAAACCCUUCAAGAACUAGGCUGUUCCAAAACCAAGGUACGACUGUACAGCUAUAUCAAUUGGCAGGGAAUUCCAAAGUAUAUGCACUGCCACACUAAUUAAUUUCUUACAAAUGUGGAACAGAUAUUAUGUGCCACCUGUAAAAGUGGCAGUUCCACAAAUCAAAGCAAUCGAGUGGGCAUAUAUGGGAUGAAGUGAUCUCACAGGUAAACUGAUCAUGAGUUGUUAAGGGCUUUAUAUACCGUAGUAGCACCUUCUACCUGGCCCAGUAGGCAUCCUAGACCUUUUAAGCUUAGGAAUUUAGAGUACCGUAUACCAGAAUGAAUGUUUGGUACAAGGAACUCCUCAGGUAAGGAUUUUAAUACCAAAACAAAUAAAAGUUGGAGACUCACUAAUGUUGGUCUUCAGAACAAUAGCAUAACUUGGGAGCAAAAAACAAGUGCUGAAAUAUGUGUAAGAGUGUUGAAGAUUGAGUAUGGACACCAAAUCUCUGCGCAUCUGUCAAGCUUGCUGGGUAGCCUUCAACAACAGCAUCUUCCUUUGUCAAUAUGAUGGGGGUAUAAAUGAAGUGAAGACUGUAAAGGGUUGUACACCAAAAAGUCUGUAAGACUUAAAAACUCGUAUAUUGGGAUUCAAAAAAUAAUACAGUCUCUUUCAUUUAGAGGUGACUGGUUUGUGGUAGUGUAUGGGGCUGGGCAUUUCAUUGAAGGAAAAUGUUCACAAGGUAAUAGGAGUAGCUGAACUCUUUCUUAAACAAAGCAGGUAAAUUCUUCUGCAUUCCAGACUAGCUAAAUCACUGAAAUACAAGAGAGGGCUUACCAAUGAGUCAAGGGGCCACUUCUCACAUUACUUUUUCCUACAGAAGAACUGGACCUGUUGGUAUGGAAAGUGCAGAAAAUGUGUGCCUGCUUUAUCUUGAGAUUAGCUAGACAUAUUUCUAUUUUACCACUGAGACACAUCUGGUUUCCAUCAAACAUUUGCUUGUCAGAUGCUAGUCCUAGCAGAAAAUAGGAAGUAUUUUUCUGGACAUUAUCAGAUUACAGCUCUCAUGUUUCUUUUUUCUUUUUCUUUUUUCUUUGCUCUUUCUGACAUACUUUUGACUUCUGGAGGGUCUUGAUGGAGAAUCAGAAAUGUCCCUAGUUUACAAUCAUGGUUUUCAGGGCAAGUGCAAACCAUAGUUUCCCAGUUCAGAUAUAAUGCUAAACUGGUUUGCUGUAAACCAAGACACAAUUCAUUAAGCAGAGCACAGUGGAGAGAGGACUACAUAAGCAUAAUGCUUGCUUCCUUAGUGCAUAAAUGCUUAAGAGGAGCCCAAAAGAUCAAGCUAUAGGCCAAUCUAGUCCAGCACUCCAUGUCUUCACAGUGGACAACCAGAUGCCCACAGGAAGUCUGCAAGCAGAACCUGAGCACAACGGCUUUCCCCUCUCCUGUGAUUCUCAACAAUGAGUAUUCAGUGGUAUACUGUCUCCAACCAUAGAAAAUAUAGGUAGAAAUGUAGAAGCCAUGGAGGUAGAAGGUAGAAAAUAUAGCCAUCAUAGCUAGUGGUCAUCGAUAGCCUUAUCUUCCAUUAAGUUAUCUGAUUUUUUUAAAAAAGUUAUCCAAUUCAGUGGCCAUUACUACCACUUGGGAGUUAAUUCCAUAGUUUUAACUGUGCUUGAUGAAUAAGUAUUGUACUUUCUUUUGUCUGUCCUGAGACUUCCAGCCUUCAGCUUCAUUGGGAAAGGUUCUCUCCAAAAGUAGCUUGAAAUAGUCAGUGACCACUGAAGGCUUGCUUUUUUUGGAGGGGAGUGUCAUGGAGAGAGCAUAGCUGACUGGCAACCUGAAUUUGAGCAAUCCGUGCUGCAAUAUUUUGUUGCAGCUUCUACUUUUUUAAUUAUAGUUUUAAAUGUGAUACAUUCACCAUGGGAAAAAGAGUCAUGCUGUUGCAACAUUGCCUUUAUCAGUCUUGGGUUUGUGUUUUGUUUUUGCUAAGGUUAGGGCAAAAGCAAAUCAAUGGUUUUCAAAUUAUUCAUUGGAAUUCUGGGUUAGAAGUUAUUGGGAUUGUUCAGUGAGAAGAAUAGUAAUGUUAGAUAGUGUCUGAAGGACAACUCAUUUGUCAUUACUCACCUUCCUCUACAGUGCACACUCUGGGCCAAAUGAAAUGUAAAACUAAAUGUGUGAGUGUUCAUUUUUUCCCUCCCUUUUAAAAUAAUAGCCUCUGGAGUUAGAUGGGAUUGGGAUCAAGGUGCAAAGGAAGGAGGUUUCAGCCUUUCCCUUCCAUUAUGGAUCCAUGUGAGAGAAGCUUUAUUCCUGGGUUUAGUCAUCAGGACUACAUAGGAAUGGCAUGGUGAAUCCCCUCCGUGGUGACAGAAUCCUGAUAUGCCCAAGCUAUUUAGGAGAAAGCUAGACAUAUUAAAUGUAUUCAUACAUUUAACAUAAUGUUCAUACAUAAUGCUGAACCAAACCAUAGUUUAUUGUAUCCACAGCUAUGGAUUAAGCAAAAUGUUAGACAUGUAUGUAAUUUGCUUGUCUGCAGUCCGACAAAUUUCAUACAUUUGAACAUUAAUGAAAAUGUUCCACACUAUUUGUAUUUCAUUGCAAUUUGAUCCCACUGUGUGCAAAUCCCCCCCAUCCUGCACCCCAAAUAUGUAUACAUAAUUGUCAAUUGAAUAUAAUGUUUCUUGCAGCUGAUGCAGUGGUUUCCAGCCUAUGACAUACUAUGCCAUAAUUGCCAUAAUAAUUGCUUUUGAGGUGUUACAAGGUUGCAAGGUUCUUCACUGAACUUUCAACCAUAAAUCAGUAUGGUAUUAAACUGUAUAUAUGAGAUUAAAGUUCCUAGAGGAAAGAGUCUGGUUGCUGGAAUAUUUUUAUUUUUGUAUAUAGAAAGUGGUUCUGGAAAUUUUUCUCCUUUCACUUAGUAGGCAUGUAGUAAAUAUGAAAGAGAGGUAUGUUACACCCUCCUUGAUCUAAAGGACUUUCAGUGAUCUGCAUAAAGCCCUUACAAUAGGGGGUGUGGUUUGGUCAGAGGGUGGAGAUCUCAUUGUUAAAUUUAGGAAUAUAACCUGCCCACUCAAUGAGCAGCUAAGGAGGGGGGUGGGCCACAGAGAGCUGUCUGUCAAGGACCAGUCUGCUGAAACACAACUUCAGUCUGCUUUUUUCAUCAGACACUGAAGGACUGAAGCGUGUUUCUGUUAGCUCUGCUUCCCUCCUACCCCCCUCCUUCUGAUUGCACUGUGACUUGGAGAAAUAAAAAUAAAGGAGUGUCUUGCUUUGAGGAGAGGAAAAUCCAGAUUGCCAAAGGGUACAGAAAAUGCUGGGAACUAUCACUCUAACAGUUGGACAAAGAGAAACCGCAAAUGUGAUUCUAAAAGAAGAGCCAGCUGAAAAUAUGGAGACCAAGCCACCAGAAUCACCCGAUAAAUCUAACAUAGAUGUGGAACAGAAAGAUGCACAGGAUGCUGAUCAGCAAUUGCCAUCAGAAGAAGAAAAAGUGGAAGAGCUGGCAGAACCUAGUGAAUCUCCAUCAUCAAAUGAUGUUGGAUUUAAAAAAGUUUUUAAGUUUGUUGGAUUCAAAUUUACUGUCAGAAAGGAUAAGACUGAGAAAGCAGAACCUGUUCAGUUGCUGAAUGUGAAAGCAGAUGAGACAGAAGUACUAUCGGAAGGAGCUGGAGAUUGUAAAGAAAUCAGGCUAGAUACAGUGGAGGAAGAAACACAAAGUGAGGUGCCCUGCCCUGUAGAAAAGACUGAGCAAGAAACUCAGACUGAGCAGACAAAAGAAGAAAUUUCUCCUGAAAAAGUAACAGAAAGUCCUGUUGAAGCGGGAAGCAAGGAGAUAGAGAUUAAAAGCGAUGGUAGCAAGUCUCCAGAGUCUCCAACAAGUCCAUUAACUAAUGAAACAGCAUCACCCCUAAGAAAGUUCUUUACCCAGGGUUGGGCUGGGUUUAGGAAAAGGACAAGUUUCAGGAAACCUAGAGAAGAAGAACAGCAAGCCACUGAGAGAGAAAUGCAGGAGCAAGAAAAAGGAGUGAUAAAAGAGGAAGCCACUCCCACUGAAGAAUCAGAAAAAGAAAAACCCAUACCAGAAAAAGAGAGGACAGAAGUGCCUAUAGAAGCCAGUGAUGCUAUAGUAGAAAGAAAAAAAACAAAAAUGAUAGAUGUUUCAACAGAAACACAUAAGGAGGAAGCUGUUGCUGCCUUUGAACAGCCAUCACCACAAAUGUCUGCUGAAAGUGUAGACAUAGAACCCAAUAUAAGCUUGAAUAAGAUUGACUUGGAGGAAAACUUGGAACCUGCACAAGAAUGUCAAAUGGCCCUGGAGCAUAGCCCUCUUGCGUCAUCUGAGAAAAAAUCUGAACUAGCAGCUCCUUUGGCAACUGAAGUAUUUGAAGAAAAAACAGAUCAGUCUGCCCCAACUUCUCCAAUGCCUAUAGAAACGCCUGAGGAGCAUUUUGAAAUAGUUGAAGCCAUAUCCGAACCAAAGGCUCCUCUGGCAACGGAAAAUUUUGAUGACAGACACACAGAGAUAUGCACUGAUGUUGGCACUACUGUGGAGAAGGAAGAACCAAAACCAACUGAAAAAGCAAAACUUCUUCUUGAACAAUUUGUUGAAACUGAUGCUGAGAUUAAAGAACAAGCCACUGAUGAACAGCUAAAAGUCAAAGAAAGCUUAGUUGAACUAGUAAAUGUUGAACUCAAGCAAACUGAACCAAGUAGUGGAGAUUCAGCAACAAUCAAACCUCUAGAAGUCAUUACAAAUGAAGUUGAAUUACUUUCAUCUCAAGAAAGAGCCAAGAUACAAGGCAGCCCCCUAAAAAAGCUUUUUACAAGUUCAAGCUUAAAGAAGUUGUCAGCAAAGAAACAUAAAGGAAAAAGAGAAGAAGCUAAGCUAGGGGAAGCAGCAGAACAAGCACAGCAGUUGUCUGAUUCUGCAGAAAGUCCAGAAGAUCCAAGAGCAGAAAGCUCUGCUUCUUCCCCUGAAGAAACAACAGAAUCUGUAGGAAAAGUUACAGAUGCAGCACACACCACUGAAACGGAAGAUGGUUCUGCUUCAGAUAUGGAGAAGAAAAGAGACAUUGUUACACCUUGGGCAUCAUUUAAAAAAAUGGUGACUCCUAAGAAACGGGUCAGGAGGCUUUCUGAAAGUGAUAAGGAAGAAGAACUUGAGAAGGCAAAGACUGCUACUCUAUCUUCAACUGAAAGUGCACCUUCUGAAGAGCAGGAUGAUGUAAAAGAAAAUGUUGAGGAACAGAAAUUAGAAAAAAUCACAGAUGAGCCCAAAAGAAAGGUUGAUACUUCUGUAUCAUGGGAAGCCUUAAUUUGUGUAGGUUCAUCUAAGAAAAGAACCAGAAAAUCAUCAACUUCUGAUGAAGAGGUAGGACAAAGACUUGCUCAAGAAGGACAGAAAAUAGAUGAAACUGGGCCCAAUAAAGAAACAGCACCAAGCAUGACCAUUACUAGCUCACAAGAAAGUGAUCAAGGACAAGGAGGUUUUUCACCAGAACAAGCUGGAAGCCCAUCUGAAGGUGAGGGAGUUUCAACAUGGGAGUCCUUUAAAAGACUAGUAACCCCAAGAAGAAAAUCUAAAACAAAAAUGGAAGAGAGAAAUGAAGAAUCUUCUACAGUUCCAAGUUUAGAACAUUAUACUUCAGAUGGAGAGUCUGGAAAAGAAGAAUCAUGGGUUUCAUUUAAAAAACUAAUGCCUGGUCGUAGGAAGAAGAAGUCAGAUGGAAUACCAGAACAUGCUCCUGUUCAGGAAGCUGGAGAAGAAAUGACUGAAAUCCAUGAGGACGAUUCUGAUGUUCCAGCCGUUGUUCCUUUAUCAGAGUAUGAUGCUGCUGAACAAGAGAAGUUUGAAGCUCAAAAGGCAAAACAAGAAGAUUUAACUAAGAAAACCUCAGACCAGUCAGAAAGUACUUUGAUUAUUGAGCAGUCCAAUGAAGGACUAGUUCAUGCAGUUACUGUCACAAUGGUAGAAGGAGAGAGAGCAGUUACAAGUAUUGAAGAAAGAUCACCAUCUUGGAUAUCGGCUGCUGUGACAGAGUCCAUUGAACAUGCAAAGGAAGAUGAAGAGAAACCUAUUGAGCAGAUCUCUGAAACUGGAAUUGUGGAAGAAAUGGUGGUGGUUACUAAAGUCAUGCCAGAAAUUCAAAAGGAGAUUAGUGGUGACACUCUAAUUAGUGACCUGGAGGUAACCUCAGAAGCAAUUACAGCUAGAGAAGAAACUUCAGGUGUUGAAGAAGCAGCUGAAGUAUCCUGUGCUGAAGAGACAACGGAAAUGGUUUCAGCAGUUUCAAGGCUAACUGAGUCCCCUGAUACAACAGAAAUAGUAACACCAGUGCAGGAGGUAGAGGAAAGCCAGCAAAACCUAGAAGAACUAAAUAAACAAACACAGGAAAUUCUGCAAGAAGUUGCUGAAAGAGUUAAAUUGUCCAGUGAAGCACAGGAAAUCAGUAAAAGGAUAUCAGAAGUAACAAUUCUGCCAGAGAAAAUAGGGCAAGAAACUACUGUCAUAUUUCAAGAGGCAGAACAACCCUCAAAGGAAGAACCAGAGAAGACUGAUAUCCAAGUUAGUCAAAGUCAAGAUGAAGCUAAAGGAAGUAGUCUGAAGGAAGCGUUGGAAAAGAGUAAUGACAUUUGUGUAGAGGUGAAGAAAAGCUCGAAAGAAACUGUUAGCUUGGAUAAGACUGAUGAGAGUCAUGAUUCAAAGAUUGAACAAGAAAUUGUUCAAGAAAUCAUUGAAAAACAGACUGCUGAAGAGGAAGGAUUUGUCAUUGUCACAGUAACCCCUGAAGAAGGGCCAGAAGUAAAUGUUGGUGACAUAGUAAAGGAAGCCAAAACAAAUUUAAAAGAUGCAGUUGAAGGUGGGAUUGCAGACGAUACUGGUCCAGCAGUUGAUGAAUUGGCAAAAUUAUCACACGAAGAGAAGCCUCAGUUCUCCCAGAAACUUGAACAAGUGGUGAACACCAUACCUGACUUGGAAGCUAAAUUAGUAACUACUGCAGAUGAGGUAAAAGCCCCUGUGCAAAAUGAAAUAAAAGAAGUUGAGCCUCCCUGUGCUGAUGUUUUCGUGCUUGAGACACCUAUCCAGAGCAAGAUGACUGACGUUCCAGUGCAGAAUGCAGUAACUGAAGUCAGGGACCUAAGUAUGGCCAAACAUGCCGCACUUGGCUUACUACCAGGAAGCACAGAGAAUGCUGUAGUUGAGGCCUGCAUCCAGAACAAAGACACAGAGGUUUCUGUGGUAACUGAGACCCACGUACAGAAGGUGGAACCCAAGGGCCAACUGCAGAAAUCAGAAACCAAUAUUUCUAUGGUAAAUGAGAAACUUGAACCUCUCCAAGCUGAGACUGUAGAAAAAGACUUGGUGGAAGUGGAGGUCCACAAGCAGAAUGCAGAGACUGAGACCCAUAAGCAAAGUGUAGAAACAGAUGACCAUGUCAAAGAGGUGGAAAUGAAGUUCCUCGCAGAGAGUGUAGAAGCAGAGAAGGCAGAAUUGAAGGAGGACUUGGAGCUUCCCACAAAGGCAGAAGUAGUGUCCCCCUCAGAAAAAGAAGUGGAGGAACAUAUAAAAGAGACAAAAGCACAGAUCUCUACAGAAAAGGCACAUGCAAAGUUGGAGGCAGAUGCCUGCACAGAGAAAGUAGAUGUGAAGGUAGAAGCAGAGGUUCCUGCAGAGGAGGCAGAAACAGUGGCUUCAUCAGAUCAGCCAGAUGAAAAGCUAGAUCUGGAAACUCCUGCAGAGAAGGUGGAUAUAGAGUCUGCUGUAGAGAUUGCGAAGGAAAAGAGUGAAGUGGAGGUUCCUGCAAAGAAGUUGGAGGCAGAUGCCUGCACAGAGAAAGUAGAUGUGAAGGCAGAUAUAGAAAAGGUGGAAGUUGAAAUUUCCAAAACACAGAUGGACGUGCAGACCUCCACAGACAAGGGGGAAUCAGAGGCUCCCUCAAAGAUGAUGAAAGUGGAGGACCCUAUAGAAAAGACAGAAGCUGCAGCAGAAGAAUCAAAUGCAUCUGUUUGUGUGGAGGCCAUCACAGUGAAACCAGAUGUGAAGGUGGAAGCAGAGGUUCCUGCAGAGAAGGCAGAAACAGUGGCCUCAUCAGAUCAGCCAGAUGAAAAGCUAGAUCUGGAAACUCCUGCAGAGAAGGUGGAUAUAGAGUCUGCUGUAGAGAUUGCCAAGGCAAAGAGCGAAGUGGAGGUUCCUGCAAAGAAGUUGGAUGCAGAGGACUCUGCAGAGAAGGCAAAAGUGGCAUCCUCUGUAGAAAAAGCAGAAAGUGAUAUUAUUCUUAAAGAGAAAACAGAAGUCCCCAUAGAGAAGGCAGCCAUCAAGACUGGUGUGAAGGUCUUUGCAGAGAAGGAGGAUGCAAAAGUGGAAGUGAAAUUUCCUUCUGAGAAGGUGCAUAACGAGGUCUUUUCAGAACAGUCAGAAGAAAUUAUGGAAGCAGAAGCCGCAGCCACCAAACAGCCAGAACUAAAAGAGAUCCUGCAGAAUGUGGAGAAUGAGGUCAGUUUCAACUCUGAGGUAGAAGAUACUUCAGAUUCCCUAGCAACAUGUGUUGAGAUAAUUUCUGAUAAAGCCUCUGUAAUUAGUGACCAAACUGAAGCUCCUGAGCAGAGAGAAAUGCAAGAUGUUUCCCUUUCCUUAGAAUUUAAAUGUUUUGAUACAGUUGUUACUGAGGAGCCUUCAAAGAAUGAAGUAGAAGAUGACCUUGCCUCAGAAAAAACAUCAACAGAGCAAGCUGUAGCUGAGAGAUCUGUGGAAAGGGGACUAGUUGAAGUUUCAGCACCUGAUCAAAACGCAGUGGAUGUCAUCCAGAAGCAUGUAGCAGAUGCCAGCCAUACCUUGAAAUUGGAAGGCACAGAAGGAAUUGCAGUUGAUGUUCCAGAAAGUAAUGAACUGAAGGAUGUCACACUUGUAACUGCAACUGAAGGAUCUGUGCAGAAUGAAAAGGAAGAUGCACUUACUUUGGGAUCAAAACACACUGAGACUGAGUUAACAGAGGACAACACUGUGAAAAGUGAGGCAACUGUGGAUCCUGUGAAAAAAGAGAUUGAAAACAUAGAGCUAGCAACUGAAGUGAAAUUCACAGAAAUGGUAACAACUGAAGCAGUAAAGACCAAAGUUGGAGACAUCCUCAUCUCGGACUCUGGUGCUUUAUCAGAUGUCUUAUCAGAAAAUAAAGGAGAGAGUUCUGUCACAGAAGGCAGUGAAGCAGGUAUAAAUGGUGUUUGUGUACAGAGUGAAAUGUGUCCUCAUAAAUUGCCCCUGGAAACAGUCCUUCCACUUUCACAAUCUGCCACAAUUUCAGAUAGCUCUCGGAGAAAGCAAGCAUUGUCGGAGAAGGUGUUAGUAACAGAAACAGAAAAAUCAACAGGGAAAAUUGAACUUGCUGGUGCUGAUGUACUUUGUGCAGCUCCAGUGCAGCAAGAAAUGUUCACUGAGCAGCAGGAGGUUAUCACCACUGACAUUCCUGAAGUACAAAGUUAUGGAGUUCAUAAAUCCUCUGUAACAGUAACAGCUGCAACAGUCAAAGAACAAGUUAUUGCAGAGAAUGUCACGGUUACAGAAACAUUAACUGAAAACCUGCAGUCUCUCCUAGAGGAGCCAAAAGAAACCACAUUCAAAUCAGUUCAGCAGGUGAGCUUUGCUCAAUCAGGACUUGAGGUUCUAGGUCCUGAUAAGGAUACAGUGUCAUGGUCUGGGAAAGCAGAUUCAGUGGUAGAGGAGGCAGUUUUAGCAGCAGUAACGUGCACCAAAGAUGAUUUGAUCCAGAAGUCUGUAUUGGAUUCCAGCCCUGAAAUGAAGCUUCAGAGAUUAGAAUCAAGUCAAGAGUGUGAAAAAAAGGCACCGCCAGAAAGAAGAUCCUCUUUAACUCAUAUAGAAUUUCAAAAAGAUGUGGUGCAAUCGGUGACGAUAGAGUCACAGAGUACAAAAAUUGUGCUGAAAAUUAUCCAGAAUGCUGUUGAUACAUUGGAGCAAACAGAAGAGUUGCCAUCUGUGUCAAAGCAACAGAGUGAGCCAUUUCUAAUGGGUGUAAAUAAAUCUGAAAUUCAGGAAGGUUUGCAGACUGGUCAGAUUCUUCCUGUAAAAGGCAGGGGAGAGAAAAAUCUAGAGAUCCAGCCAUCAACUAUAAUUUUAACUCAAUCUGCAGAGAAUAAAGAGGCCUUCAAAGUGGCAGAAGAAAUUCCCUUUGUAUCUAAUAAAUCUGAAGAUGCUAAAGUGAUGUUGCAGCCAGAUGCACGAUCAGGCACUGUGACAGCACUAGCACAAGAUCCUGAAUCUCUGAAUGAAAUUGUGAAAGAAAUUAAGAAAGAGACAGGUUUCCAGAAAGAAAAUGGUGAAUCAAAGCUCCAUUCUGAAGGGGAUACAGCCACUCCAACAGAGAUUCAGAGACCAGCAGUAGAAGAUACUGCCUCAGGAGAUCUACCCAAAGAGUCACUUGAAAUGGCCCAACCAAGGCUGACGGAUGUAGAAGCUGGGCAGACUGUUCAGAUCCAACAGCAGUUUAUAGACCAACAAACACCUGCAAAAAACAAAGAUGACCACAGCCAAUCAACAGGAUUCGUGGAGACAUACACAGAGAAAGAUAUAAAUAAUCAAGACUACACCAUCAGUGAGAGUCCACAGCUAAGCUUAGAGCUCACUGAAUCCUGAGGUUUAAUUUCUGGAAAAGCUGUGUCUUUAUAUUUGGAGGGACCAGUUCCUGAAGCAGCAGCAGCAGAAGAAGAAGAUAAUGGAUUCUGUUUAAUUGGGUUGAAGGUCACUGAUUUGGAUCAGAGAACAGAUGUCUGAUGUCAUUGUGAGAAAUAUACUUGACAAUCCUGAGAUACCAUCAGGAGCUUGAACCACCUUCUUUUACUAUUGAUUGUCAACACUUGCUCUUCACAAUAUUCUUUUAUAUUUUUUUGUUGAUGAGUUGUAGUGGGGGGCAGAAAGUGUUAACUUUUGCUGAAAUGACGUCCAUACCUUAACCUGGGAAGGAAGUUGGCAUCUUUUAAGCUCCCCAUUUUAUCAGUGCUUCCAAAACUGAAUUGUAAUUCUUUGUGUAUUUAUGUGUAUAUCUUCAAGCAAAAUCCGAUUUUAAUGUAUAUUUCCUCCUCUUUAUAUGUGGAAAGAAAAAGAAAGAAAGAAAGAAAGAAAGAGAAUGAAAGAAAAUGAUCUCACUUGUCUCACCCAGUAAAGAAACAAAAUAUGUGACCAAUAGGGAAGAAUUGUGAGCGAGCUACAGUUGGCCACAGAUGGAUCAGAAUACAUUUGCAUUGGCUUUCCAUGGUGUAGAAUGGUGUGAGAACCAUGUUUAAUGUUGUAUUGGGUCUUGAUUUGGUACAAAUCAUACUCCAGAAAGGCAUAGUUUUGUUUUGGAAUAGUUGUAUUACUGGUUUACUAAACAGGACUUUAUUUUCCACCGCCUUUUAUAAGCAUGGCACUAUGGCAUUGUGUGUUGAAAAUACGUCAGCUACAUUCAAAUGGAGAGUUAGGCGUACUUAAAAAGAAAGAUUUCAGUGUAUUUAAGCCUUCCUAAGUCUGCACUGACUUUCACAUUUAUCUGAGUACAGUUUAAUUCUGAGGGAAUGUGGAAAGUCUUUAGAAGCCAGACAAAUAAAUGGCCCCUUCAAAUUUUCCUCAGCCUUUUCUUAGUCCAUUUAAGAAACUGUCAUACCGUCGUAACUUUAGGCAAAUGCUGAACUGGUUUGAAGCUAUCAAGAAAAAUAAAGAUGGUUCAAUUUUUAGUGUAACAUUUAAUGCUCUCCUGUUUUUGGAACAUCCAUGUCAUGAAGUAAGACAAUUCAUUUUCAAAAAGUUUUUGAUGAGUAAAGGAUUAUGUUUGCUCUUUAUGUGUGUCCCCUCAGUAGGAAAGUAUAUUUCAUUAUGCUUGUGUACAUUUAGAAAACUGAUUUCUGAAAAUUGAUCUAAACAAAAAUUUGGCUUAUACUGAGCUUUGUGCUUUAAUUAAUAUUUUUUAAAGCCCCACAAUUUAGGAAACAUUGAGCAGGAGUCACUCUUCUGUUUCAUUAAUGGAGAAUUGCAGAGUUUAGUACUGGUCAGUAUAGGUUGUGCAUAAAACUGGGCAGGCUUGAAAUGCUAAAUAAUUGAAAGAUAAUUAAAAUAUUCAAAGCAUCUAGUUUUUGAUCUUCUAGACACCUAACCUGUCUAGAAGGUCAAGUUAUAUUGCACUUUGUAGCCUUUGUACCUAUCUCAGCUGUGUCUUGCAUGGCCCAGCAGCUUCAUUGUCCUACAUGUAUAGUAAUUUAUUUUAAAAUUAUCGAUAAGUGAGCCAAAUAAGACCUUUGGGGAGCUGCACAAUGAGUAAAGAAAGAAAAAUGUCACUGGUCUAAUAGUACCAUCUAGUGGUUGCUGUAUGCAUAAUGUAGCUUAUAAAUACUUUUGGCUAACAAUACUGCCUUUCUUCAAAUAGAAUGUGGAAAGUUGUGAGUUUUUUUAAAAAUUCAUCUAACUUACCUGGAAUAGCUCUGCUAAUAAAAUGCAAAAUAAUAAUAUGCAAUGUUCUCAGUGUAUUUGCAGUUCUGCGAUGAAGUAGCCGAUUUAUGAAAAUUAAAAAUGGAACAAUGCUUUUUAUAAACCCUCUUAAAAGGUAUAAAGACAACAGGGUUUCUUUGAACAUCAGAAAAGUGAAACACUAAUACAUCAGUUUGUUUCAAAAUAUAACUCUUAAAUAAUUUUAAAUAGCUAGGUGGAUAAGAAAGGUGAGUGGCCAUUCUUUAAACAUGUACGGUAUCUACAGCCGUUAUUUCAGUUUCAA